AUGAAGGCUUAUCGGACCGCACCAACACCCGACCCAGCAAGGAUCGUAUCUCCAACUGUCGAACAUCUCGACCGCGCAAGUCCCUCUCCGCCGUUUACUGGUUCAGCAAGUACCAGAGUCGCGGACACAAACUCACCAUUUGCCACAAGUUCGGCGGCGUCUACCGCGACACUGCCAGCCAUGACUAUGACUAGUUAUCUUCCCACAGGCCACGCCUUUAGGCCGACCAGAGCCCCGGGAUCAACAUACACUUCGACCAUGCACGAGAUCCCUCGAUAUGGAAUGGCCGCGUUCUCAGGCUCUGUAUCUCCCACCGUAUGUGUCAAGAUUCGGUGCCUGCCACUCAACACUACAGAGGAAAGCCUGAGGCUCAUGGCCGUUUUCUCGCCAGAACUCGCUGAUGUGGAAGUACUCCCUGUGGAACAAUCAGAAGACAGCGGGUUUCGCUCCGCUCACAUGCGAUUCCGAUCAAUGGAGGCAGCACAGCAGGCCAGAACUAUGCUGGAUGGCCGUCCCAACAUUUCCAACAGCGCCCAGAUGAUUGUCGAGAUCAAGUCCGAUACCUCUCCAUUCGCGCAGCGAUAUUCCACUGAUCCUUUACCGGCGAACAACUCGAGUUCACCGGCUUCGGCUGCGUCAGCAUCAUCUGCAAUUGGACCAGGUCAGGCUUCAAGAUUCAACGGUGGUUUCCACUCACUCGAGAGCCUCUCCCCUCAAACAAACCAUGCCUACACUGGACACGAACUUCCCAAACCGAACUCAAAUGUUGAUUUCAAAAGCAUGUUCUCCCCGCAAUCCCCCAUCGGUAACCAUCUGAAUGACCAUGGUAGAAUGAGUGGAAAGGACCUCAUCGCUAAUGACUCUGUUGACGACGAAACGAGCAAUCUCUUGAACGACCCUCUGGCGUAUGCCGACAUCAAUAACACGGCUCCUCAGCGCAGGGCUACUGCACCUCAAAUCCCCAUCACUGGUAUGGCUUCUCUCUCACUAAACACGAGCAACAUGCCACCAUCAGCUCCCUCAUCUUUGCCUCAUUUCAACAGCGCCAUGUCUGCCCAGCCAGGGCAAAUGUCUCCCUUAGACAAGGGUGCCUUCAACCGUUAUCAACCAGCCCACGCCCGACAAGCCUUUCCGCCAGUGAAUCCAGCCGAUCAAAAUCCCCCCUGCAAUACCCUCUAUGUUGGCAACCUUCCCGGCGACGCGUCCGAGGAGGAGCUAAAGCGCAUCUUUGCGUUAGCACGUGGUUACAAACGCCUCUGUUUCCGAACCAAACAAAACGGGCCCAUGUGUUUUGUUGAGUUCGACGACGUCACGUGUGCUACCAAGGCGCUCCACGAAUACUACGGGACAAUGUUACACAACAGCACUAAAGGCGGAAUUCGUCUCAGCUUCUCCAAAAACCCGCUCGGUGUUCGGUCUGGCCAGGCCCCUUCACACAAUAAUUCCAACACAAUGAGUGGACAUCUACCCAUGCCAGGCUCCACGAAUGGUUUCGUGUCGGCAAACAGACCACCUCCUGGACUUGCUGCACCUCCAGGGCUCGGAACUGGCCGUUCUCAUCACUACAUGGCCCCAGGUCACGGUAACGGGGCUUUGAACAACAUCGCAAAUUAUGGCUGGAAUCCGCCCAUGUAUAAUGAUCACGAUGACUCCAGGAAGAAAAGACCUGUGUUUCCUGGAAGCUACAAUCCUCGCUACAGCAACUACAUGCUUGGAAAAUAA